AUGGCGGCAAGGUCCUCUUCAAUCGUCCGCCGAGCGUUGCUUUAUGUGCCUUCAUCAUCGGAAAAGAUGCUGACCAAGUCGUUGGGUCUCAAGUCCGACAACGUGACUUAUGAUCUUGAGGACUCCGUGACUCCCUCGUUGAAAUCGGACGCUCGACGACAGCUACGUUCAUUCCUCUCCAAGCAUAUCUCGCGGCCGUCUUCCAUCUCCGAACUGGCUGUCCGAAUCAAUGCAGUGGAAACCAAGUUUGCCUUGGAUGACUUGACGUCUUUAGGCUCACUCCCAAAUAUCGAUGCUGUCGUUGUUCCCAAAGUCAACUCCGCUGCCGAUCUGACUUACGUUACCGAUGUUUUGCGUCACGUAGCCCCCGAAAGACACACGGCAACAUCCCAAAAUCCCAUCAAAAUUAUCGCCUUGAUCGAGUCUGCUCGUUCGGUUAUGAACCUUUCAGAAAUCUGCAAAGCGUCUCCAUACCUCAGCGGGCUCAUCUUUGCGGCCGAAGACUUUGCGCUAGACUUGUCUCUUACAAGAACGCCAUCUCUCACCGAGUUCCUCUACGCACGCUCCGCCAUCGUAACUGCUGCCAAGGCCGCCGGCUUGCCGAGUGCGAUCGACCUUGUCUGCACCUCCUACAAGGGGGAUGAAGGCCACAAGCGAUUGGAAGAGGAAUCUAUCGGGGGAAGGUCCAUGGGAUUCAAUGGAAAGCAGUGCAUACACCCGAAUCAGGUGGGACUUGUCCAGAAACUUUUUGCCCCUAGCGAAAAGGAAGUGGAGUGGGCAGUGCGCGUUGCAAUCGCAGACGAGAAAGCUAGCAAGGCGGGCCGUGGAGCUUGGACGUUGGACGGUAUGAUGAUCGACGCACCGGUAACAGGAAAGGCAAAUGCAAUAAUCGUGAGGGCAGAGAGAUGUGAUAUCGACGUGGCUAACCUCUGGGCGAAAUGGAAGGACCAGCAGCCUGAAUAG